AUGUCCCUGGGGCUGAACCAGGUCCGCAGGACCAGCAUUUGGGUCCCAGCCCCUGAAGAGUCACCCCUGGAGCCCGACGUCCGGUUGCAGGAGAACCGGGAGCGGCUGUCGGUGGGCAGUAAGCUGUGCUACGCCGUCGGGGGGGCCCCUUACCAGAUCACGGGCUGUGCGCUCGGCUUCUUUCUUCAGAUCUACCUCCUGGACGUGGCGCAGCUGGACCCUUUCUACGCCUCCAUCAUCCUGUUUGUGGGGCGAGCCUGGGAUGCCAUCACAGACCCCAUGGUGGGCUUCUUCAUCAGCAAAACAUCAUGGACCCGCUUUGGCCGCCUGAUGCCCUGGAUCAUCUUCUCCACCCCAUUUGCCGUCAUCUCCUACUUCCUCAUCUGGUUUGUGCCGGACAUCUCCAGAGGCCAAGUGAUGUGGUACCUCGUCUUCUACUGCAUCUUCCAGACUCUUGUGACGUGCUUCCACGUGCCCUACUCAGCGCUGACCAUGUUCAUCAGCAGGGAGCAGAGUGAGCGGGACUCGGCCACUGCCUACCGCAUGACGGUGGAAGUGCUGGGCACUGUGCUGGGCACUGCCAUCCAGGGCCAGAUUGUGGGCAAGGUGGUUACUCCCUGCAUCGAGAGCCCCCUCUUCAUCGGCAAGACCAACUCCUCGGUGGCCAUGGAGGAGCUAAACAUGACCCAUGACACUGGGUCACUCACAGACACGAGAAAUGCCUACAUGAUUGCUGCGGGGGUCAUCGGGGGACUCUACAUCCUCUGCGCCCUGAUCCUGUCGGUGGGCGUGCGGGAGAAGAGAGAGUCCUCUGAGCUCCAGUCGGAUGAGCCUGUCUCCUUCUUCCAGGGGCUGAAGCUGGUGAUGAACCACAGUGCCUACAUCAAACUCAUCGCCGGCUUCCUCUUCACCUCGCUAGCCUUCAUGCUGCUGGAGGGUAACUUUGCCCUCUUCUGCACCUACACCCUGGGCUUCCGCAAUGAGUUCCAGAACAUCCUCCUGGCCAUCAUGCUCUCGGCCACCUUGACCAUUCCCCUCUGGCAGUGGUUCCUUACCCGCUUUGGGAAGAAGACGGCUGUCUACGUGGGCAUGUCGUCUGCCAUCCCAUUCCUCAUCAUGGUGGCCGUCCUGGACAGUAACCUCAUCAUCACCUACAUCGUGGCUGUUGCAGCUGGGAUCAGUGUCGCUGCUGCCUUCCUCCUGCCCUGGUCCAUGCUCCCAGAUGUCAUAGAUGACUUCAAGCUGCAGCACCCCAACUCCCAUGGCCAUGAAGCCAUCUUCUUCUCCUUCUAUGUCUUCUUCACCAAGUUCACCUCUGGGGUCUCCCUGGGCAUCUCCACACUCAGCUUAGACUUUGCAGGGUACCAGACCCGGGGCUGCUCCCAGCCCAACGAUGUGAACUUCACCCUGAAGAUGCUGGUGUCGGCUGUGCCGGUGGCGCUGAUCCUGCUGGGGCUGCUCCUGUUCAAGCUAUACCCCAUUGAUGAGGAGAAGCGGAGGAAAAACAAGAAAGCCCUGCAGGACUUAAGGGAGGAGAGCAACAGCAGCUCAGAGUCGGACAACACAGAACUGGCCAGCAUCGUGUGA